AUGGUAUUCAGUAUUACGAGCCCUGAUCGCUAUCGUGGAACAGCGACGAGUCGAAAAAAACUUCGCUAUAUUACUGAGCUGGUACGCAACGAUGGGCUUUGGUGCAACUUGAGAACGAUUGUGCAACUCUUAGAACCUAAUAAAACAGCUUUACGAGCGUUAGAAGCUGAUAAUGUCUUCGUAUCGGCGGUCUAUCGGUGGUUCAGAUGGCUUUGGUAUCACCCUGCGUAUGGAAUCACCUCACCUGACGAGGAAGCCCGGCAUUGCGAGCUGGUGGAGUCACACGACAGCGCUGAAGAGCAAGAACCUGGUGGACAAGCUCAAGGAGGAAUUGAACUUCUUGGCAGCACAGCGGAGCAAGUAACCUCCGCCACAACCAUUGAUGAACCUCCAGCAGCUGACGAAACCCCGAUCUCCGUAGGUGAACAUGAAAAAAUGACAGCAUUUCAACUUGACGAGCUGCAAGCCUGUUUCCGCAAACAGAAUAAGCUGCACGGGUUCUGCGUUCACACAAACGCGAUGGGCAUCGCGUUCAUGCUUGAUCCAUCUAUGGUUCUUGAUGCCUUUGUUGGCGCUGACGAUGGUACAGUAGACGACCAACUCUGUAAAAUGGCGAAGCGUUGCGGUAUCCUCACUCCAACCACUGGUAUACCCAAGUUGACAGCAGAAAUGCUUGCAUUUAAAAGUGAAAAGCGGCGUGGAGGCGAAGAGCAGAGUAAUAAGUAUUCGGAAUCAAGUCCUCAUGAAUACUGGAGUGCCAAGAGUAACCAGAAAUAUCCGCUGCUGAGAAGAUUGCCAAAAUUGUAUUCGCAAUCCCCACUUCAUCAGCCGCGAGCGAGGGAGCGUGGAGCAUCUUCGACCACAUUCCUUCAAGCGAAGGAAUAG